AUAAUGUCAUAAUUUUUCUUAACUUUUUAUGACGAUGUUUUAUUUCCAAUCAUUAUAAUCAUCCUCAAUUGAUCGAUUUUUUUAAGAUCUUUAAUUUGAAUUUAUUUUUUCGUUUGGAUAUUCCUUCGAAUCAUUGCAUUUUACUCUUCAUUUGACAUAAUAACAGCAUUUCAAUUGCGGCUUCGAUAUAUUUUUUUUUCAUUCGUGACAAAAUGGCCGAUUUACUUCAACGUUUUAGUGGUAAUCCAUUUUCCACUUCAGUUGGACAACGAAUCGAACAAGCAACAGAUCCAUCAUUGGACAGUGAAAAUUGGGCAUUGAAUAUGGAAAUCUGUGAUAUAAUUAAUGAUACUGAAGACGGUCCCCGAGAUGCAUUACGCGCUAUCAAAAAACGUCUUCAACAAACGGCUGGAAAAAAUUUUACCGUUUUUAAAUUAACUUUAACCGUGUUGGAAACAUGUGUGAAAAAUUGUGGCAAACGAUUCCAUAUAUUAGUGUCAAGCAAAGAUUUCAUUCAAGAUUUAGUCAAAUUGAUUGGUCCAAAAAAUGACCCACCCGCUGAAAUUCAAGAAAAAGUUUUAAGUCUCAUUCAAAGUUGGGCUGAAGCAUUUCAUGGUCAGCCAGAGAUGCAAGGUGUAUCCAUUGUUUAUAAUGAAUUGAGAAACAAAGGCAUUGAAUUUCCUAAAUCAUCAAAUGAACCGAAAGUACCAAUUUACACACCUCAAAGACAAAUAAGUCCUGCAUUUAAAAAUCAAGAGAUGGCAUCAAGUCCUCCCAAACAUCCAAUGCCAGGUACCUCACCUACUAACCAAGUGACAUCGGCUACAAGAGCCACAAGUGAAUUAUAUCCAAUACAUUUGAGCCCAGAACAGUUGAACAAAUUGAAAAUCGAGUUGGAAGUAGUUCAAGGAAAUAUGAAAGUUAUGAGCGAAAUGUUGACCAAAAUGAAACCCGGCCAGGAGCAUAAAGAUGAUUGGACAUUGUUAAUCGAAUUGAAUCAGACAUUAGUAUCUAUGCAAAAACGUAUCGUGGAUCUUAUUGAGAAGGUUGCCAAUGAAGAAGUUACCAGUGAAUUAUUACGUAUCAAUGAUGAACUGAAUAAUUUGUUUAUGAGAUUUGAUCGUUAUCAGAAAAAACGAGGCGGCAAUAAUGAUGGUGAUCAAAGAAAGACUGAUAUCGAUUUGAUGCCAUCCACUUCAUCAAAAUUACCUCAUCCAAAUCCGAAAAAUAUGAAAUCAAUAAACCCACCAUCGUUGAUUGAUUUCACUGAUGAAAAUGAGGGACCAGAUUUGAUCGAUGGCCUGAAGAAACUUGAUAUGAAUUCAUCUCAAUCACCUCAAAUGAUAAAGCCUUCCAAUAUCUCAACAUCAUCAUCACAACAGCCUACAGAAAAUAUGGGAGACAAAGAAUUCGAUAUGUUCGCCCAAUCAAGAUCAUCGACAACAGCCACUACGUCAUCAUCGAUCAUUAGUCAGGCAUCAUCUACAUCAAAGCCAACAAAUAUUGGAUCCCGUCCAAAAGAUCCGGCACCAUUACUAUCGACUGAAGAAGGACAGGAAAAAGAAAUGGAAGAAAUCGAAAGGUGGCUAAAUACAAAACCCGGUGAACCAUCCAUGUCAUUCGAAGCGUUUCUUGAAAAGCGAGCCAAUGCAUUGGACAAGCAACCAUUAAAGAAACCUAACAAUAAUGGUCAAGAUCCAAGUUUAAUAUAGUGAAUAAUCUACAUUUGUGUGUGUGUGACCAUCAAACAAUAAAACAUUUCGUUGAUA